AUGGCUCGCAGGGUGCUGAAAUAUUUUUCGACGCCGCACACUGUCAUCGAGAUGACAGCAGACGCCAAGGAGCUCUUUAUGGCAUACUGCGCUUGUUUCAGCACGGAACAGUACGUUCUCCGAGAAAACGACGACGAUGGUGCGGCAAGAAAAGGGACGGCGGCAUGGCACUUGGGCAUGGUGUCGGCGGCUCAGCUGACCUGGGAGAUCGCUACGGAGCAGGCAGAUCCAAGAUCGGUGCAGGAGCGCACGCUCAUGAUCCAGAAGAGACAUGUGCUCAGAGCCUAUGAUUGUGUCAAGCUUUGUCACAGCGUGCUGACGCUCUGCGUCAAAGGCGCGCUCACACCGACGACCGAAGUGGGUGCACUCACUCAAGUGACCAGUGCCGCCGAGCAGCUUCAGUCAGCUCUGGAAGCGCAGCUGAUUCCGGAGAGUCAGUUCGUUCCCUUCGAAGCUCCAGAAGAGCCUGUCGCAGAGGAUGGUGAGGCCGGCCACAUCUUCACUCAAGGCGACACGCCGCCGCUCAGCGAUGGUUAUGGACCCGAGGGCAAAUCGGUGCAGGAUCCAUCCCAGGGGCCUAUCAUACUUGGUGAUCGG